GAGUCCCUGGAAAGGCCACAAAUGAUAAAAACACACAUUUAUCAGCGUGUGGCAGUGUUUAUUAGUUCGAUAAUAGAAGUUUAAGGCAGCAUGUGUUCCUGUCUGCGUAAUUUAAGAGCGUUGCUGUAGUUUAAAAAAGAACCAAGCAGUGUACGAGCGGUUUAGUUAAUUACCGCUUCGCCUUUUCCAACUCAGCUUGUCAGUCAGUAAGCUAGCAGCUAGCUGGUAGCUAUGGCUGCUGUUAUUCUGAGUUUCCCAACUCUGCAUGGUCUGAGGAUAUUUACACAACAAUUGUCAUGGACCCAAAGAGGUGUGAGGCUUGUUUCAGGAGGGGUUGGAAGGAUAGACAAGGUGCUGAUCGCCAAUCGAGGAGAGAUUGCGUGCCGUGUGAUGCGCACAGCCAAGAAGAUGGGCGUCCGCUCCGUGGCCGUGUACAGUGAUGCAGACAGACACUCUAUGCAUGUGGCCAUGGCGGAUGAAGCCUACCACAUCGGCCCUCCACCCUCCCAGCAGAGUUAUCUCUGUAUGGAGAAAGUUUUAGAAGUGGCCAAAAAGUCUGGAUCACAUGCGGUCCACCCUGGUUACGGCUUUCUGUCAGAAAACACAGAGUUUGCGGAGGCGUGUAAACAGGAAGGCAUCAUCUUCAUCGGGCCGCCUUCCUCUGCCAUCCGAGACAUGGGCAUCAAAAGCACAUCCAAACACAUUAUGUCAGCUGCUGGGGUGCCAAUCAUUGGUGGUUACCAUGGAGAGGACCAAUCAAAUGAGAGGCUGCAAGCAGAGGCUGCCAAGAUAGGAUACCCUGUGAUGAUAAAGGCAGUCCGUGGAGGAGGAGGGAAGGGGAUGCGUAUCGCACGGUCGGACUCAGACUUCCUGGAGCAGUUGGAGUCGGCAAGACGAGAAGCCAAAAAAUCCUUCAACGAUGACGUCAUGCUGGUUGAGAAGUUUGUGGAGGAUCCCAGACAUGUGGAGGUUCAGGUGUUCGGGGACAUGCACGGUAACGCUGUGUAUCUGUUCGAGAGAGACUGCAGUGUCCAGAGGAGACACCAGAAGAUCAUAGAGGAAGCACCUGGGCCUGGUAUCAGUCCGGAGGUUCGGAGGAAACUUGGAGAAGCAGCAGUGAAAGCAGCCAAGGCUGUCAACUACGUAGGAGCAGGUACGGUGGAGUUUAUAAUGGACGCCCAACAUAACUUUUACUUCAUGGAGAUGAACACGAGGCUGCAGGUGGAACAUCCCGUCUCCGAGAUGAUCACAGGAACCGAUCUGGUGGAGUGGCAGCUCAGGGUGGCGGCCGGGGAGCGCCUGCCUCUCCUCCAGGAUGACAUCAUUUUAAGCGGGCAUUCUUUUGAGGCUCGAAUCUACGCCGAGGACCCAAACAACGACUUUCUUCCGGGGGCUGGGCCUCUACUGCAUCUCUCCACGCCUCCACCAGACCAACACAUACGCGUCGAGACUGGAGUCAGAGAUGGGGACGAGGUGUCGGCACAUUAUGACCCAAUGAUCGCAAAGCUUGUUGUGUGGGCAGAAGACAGAUCCGCUGCCUUAAAGAAGCUGCGGUACUGCUUACGACAAUACAACAUCGUGGGACUGAAUACUAACAUCGAAUUCUUGCUGAGUCUGUCGGGCCACCCGGAGUUUGAGGCUGGAAACGUGACCACCAGCUUCAUCCCGCAGCACUACGCUGACCUCUUCCCCACUCCCAGAGCUCCUUCUGGGGAAACGAUCUGCCAGGCGGCCCUGGGCCUGGUUCUCCAGGAGAGGAGGCACACACAGGACUUCACACAGACCUCCACAGACCCCUUCUCUCCAUUUGGCUCCAGCAGCGGCUGGAGAAGCAACAUUCAGUUUAACAGAAACAUGACGCUGCAGGUGGGAGACAAAAAAGUCGAUGUGGUCGUCGUGUACAACAAAGAUGGAAGCUACACAAUGCAGAUCGGUGAGGAGGUGCACCAUGUGACCGGCGACGUGGAGAUGGAGGACGGAGCGUCAUUCCUGCACUGUUCUGUGAACGGUGUGAAGUCUCGUCCCAAACUGGUGAUCCUGGACAGCACAGUGCACCUGUUCUCCACAGAGGGAAGUGCUGAGGUGUCUGUUCCAGUGCCAAAGUAUCUGGCCGGUGUGAGCGGCUCUGGGGCUCAGGGUGGAGCUGUGGCCCCGAUGACUGGAACCAUAGAGAAGGUGUUGGUGAAGGCCGGAGACAAAGUGGCUGUAGGAGACCCGCUGAUGGUCAUGAUCGCCAUGAAGAUGGAGCAUACGAUCCGGGCGCCCAAGUCAGGUGUGAUCAAGAAGGUUUUCUUCAGCGAGGGCUCUCAGGCCAACCGCCACGCUGCUCUGGUGGAACUGGAAGAGGAGGAGGGGGGGGAGGGGGAGACGGAGGGGAGCAGCGGCAAGUAAACACUAAAACCACCACAGCCACAAAUCCACACCGACAGGUAGCAGAGAGCCGGAACUAGUUACUGUGACGACUGGAGGGAGAGAGUCUGAACCUUGUUGGAAUCCAACACUUGAUUGACUUUUCUUUAAAGUGAGGACCUCAAUCUACAGUUGGGAUGAGUUUGGCUCAGUCUGGAAUGGAUGAGACAAAAAAAAAGGGUCACCCACCUGGACCCACAAUGCAUUUAGGAAGGCCACAGUGGUUACUGGGUGUGACUUGUGUGACGAGGGAUGCACCGAUGGUGAAAUUUCGUGCAGAUUCCAAUGUUGAAAACAACAAUGUAGUUGAUAGCUCAUGCCAGUACCAACUCCUUUUAUUUUGUUUGGUUAUUAAUUUCCCCUUUCUGUCCUGUGCUGUUAUAGCCUUUCAAACUGAUGGCAGAGAUGAUGAGAGUUGGUGUAAAACUGAUAUGACACAUCAGCCAGUGGCUUCAGUGAAUGUCCUGUUGUUUGCAGAUGGGCACAUGUCAGCUGACACUGAUACAGAUGUUCAGCUGAUGCAUCGGUGCAUCCCCUCAAAUACAUCUCAUGGACAGCUGCCUUUAAACACAUCACAAUAUGAUCCUUCAUGCUGACUUGAUGUUUUGUUUGUUUCUGCUUUUCUUGCCUGUGUGUUUAUGUUUGCAGUAAUCACUAAAUCAGUGUCAACUUCUGAUUUUUACUUUGAUUUUCUUUAAGUUUGUUCUCUCUGUGUUGAGUUCUGUCAGUGUUUCCAUCAGUAGUGUUUGUUUGUGAGCAUAUCUGAGGCAGAAGAAUUAGUAGGUAUGAUGGCAAGUGAGAAAUCAGAUGAAAUACUUGCAGCAUUAGGUGGUGGUGGUGCUUUAGGAAUAGUUACUGAUGACUUUAAAAUCAUUACUGAGUACUUUACUAAUCUUACAGCUGGUUUAUCCAGUACGAAGUGACAUAAAGUUACUGUCAAGAUCUGGGAAGAACCAUGUGUCUCAAUCUGUGGGGGUCACAGGCUCCUUUCAUACAUGAAGAAAACUGUCCUGUUUGUAAAUAUCAAACCCUGCUAGUAUUUAAAAAAAUGUCACUGUCACUCUGCUUAAAGACUGUUUUUCUUUAAAAGUGUCUUUAUGAAGCCACACCUUGAUAUAUUUAGAGAAAAGAGGCGUGGGAAUAAAUGGAAUAUUUGGGUUUGUUGAUGUCCAAGUUGUUCAAAGAGCCACACAUCACAUCCUUCCAGACUGACUCCAAACUCAUGAAUUAGCCCUCAUAAAAACAGCCGAGGUCUGCUGUGUCGUAAAGGAGAUUAUAACGUUGCACUAAAGAACACUCCAGAAAUUCUAUGAUUCCAAAACUUUCAAGCCCGGAUUUGGCUCCGAUUUGAAAACGACCCUUGCAGGAUGAAAUGUCGGUCACAGAGGGCUUUAAACAGACGGACAGACAGAUGUUCUGGUUCUGUGUCAAGCCGCCAUCAGUCCGAGUGAUUUUCCCCACAGACGACAUGUGAGCUCGACCUGUUUUCUGCUGAUCUCACUCUUCUUACUAACCGGUGUGUUCUGAGGCCUUGUAGACUAAAACUGAUCAAUGUGUUUAUUUUGUAGAUGUUUGACAGAUGAUUUGUUUGGGUUUUUUUAAAAAAAAAAAAUGAUAUUGGACUGGUCAGAUACUGUAAUAAAAAUAUUUCAAAAGUA